AUGACUUUUCCAAGGGACCUGAUACCAGCCGAAUCGGGUACGGAUAUCGAUUGGGAACUCGUGGCUAAAUUUGUCGGUGCUACUGAAUUGGAGUGCAUGGAGUGUAACAUGUAUGACGAAGGGAAGCAGCAUUGGACGUACGAUCACCAAACGCAUACAUGGGAUCUUCCUAACCGGAUGCGCGACUUUAUCAACAACCAGUAUCCACAACAGCUGAAGCCCAACUUCACUGCAGUAUCUAUUCAUCUGUGGAUUUUUCAGGAGGACUGCAUUGAUAUGUACCGACGGACACAUGGUCCGUUCAAAUGGACAAACGAGCUGGUCACUAAAGUGAAGGAAAUAAGAACCCGAGGAUGCUCCAACAAAGAAAUCGCGCAGUAUGUGUCACCAUUGCUGACUAGUCGACACAUAUCAGGGAAGUUUUCUUGUCUACAGCGACGUAACGCAGGCAACACGAUUUCGGACCAGCACAGGAAGGAUAUACGGGCAUUAGUGGAUGCGUUUGUCGGGAUAAUUCCAUGCAGGGAUAUGCCAACUACAGUCAAACUGGCGUUUCCUAGCAUCCCAGCGGCAUCAUUUCAUUGUACUAUUCAGGGGUAUAUUGAUUCUCACAAGUUCUAUCAAGACAAGUUCAAGGGAUACGAAAACAUAGACCUUGUUGCCCAGAUGGCUGCCAAUGGGGAGACUGCAACACAGAUGGCAAACAAAUUUGAUGUCCCGCUACGAUUUAUCCGCAGCAUACUUGCUAGAAAGCCGACAAAUACUUUUUCGAAAUGGUGGACACAGGAAGAAACUAGCAAGCUGAUGGAAUACACGUCUUCCUCCAAUGGGCGGAUUGAUUGGGAAAUGGCACAAUAUGCUGAGAAAAGUUAA